UGAAUGAUCCUUUUAUAAUUCCGUCAAUUUCGUGAAGAACAAUAACUGCGAAUAAAAAGUGAUUUCGGGAAAUAAAUUAGUAGCCUUUUCAUGUGAUUUUGUGAACUUGUGUUGGUGCAAAAUUAAUUGUAGACUGUAUUUGUAUAGUAUUUUUCGAGCAAAGUUCCCAAAAAAACGUACCGCUUGGUAGUAAUAUGAGUAAUGUUACCAACCAAAAUGGAACAGGUCUAGAGCAGCAGCUUGCUGGUCUGGACUUGCAGGCUCAGGCUCCUAAGAGUGCUGGCCGCUAUAUUCCCCCGCAUCUGCGCAGGCAGUUGCAGGCCACCCCUCCUCAAGGGGAAGAGUCUAAGCGUUCAAGCUUAGACAGCCACCAAAGCGAGUCGAGGGACACCCGUUCAUCAUUCGGAGGCAACUCUAGAGGCUACGACCGUGGUGGUCGGCGCGACGACCGCGAGCGUGACCGCGACCGUGACUACGAUCGCGGCUACGAUUCGCGAUACCCGCGCAGGGACCGCGGUCGUGAUCCGGGAUAUCAAAAUGGCGAGUCAGAUCGCUUCAGUGAGAACGACAGAUGGGGCUCCGCGUCCGGCGGCGGCGGCGGGCGCGGCGGCAGCGCCGGCGGCGGGCGCGAGCGCGGCAUGGAGCGCGACGUGCGCCGCGACGAGGACUUCAACGAGCCGCCGCAGCCGCGCAACGACCGCUGGAAGGAGCCGGAGCCGCGCGCGGAGGACCGCGGCAAUUCGCGCUGGGCCUCCGACGAUGUCCGCCGCACGAGCACUCGCAGGGGGGAUGAGGUAAAUCCUCAUCAUCAUCUUCCUCGCAAUGACUGGACGGUCCCGCUACCUCGCGACGAGCGGCAGGAGCUGGAGCUGUUUGGCACGGGCAAUACCGGGAUCAACUUCUCCAAGUACGAGGAUAUCCCGGUCGAGGCCAGCGGUGACCGCGUGCCGGAAUUCAUUACUAGCUUCGAGGAUGUUAACCUGACGGAAAUCAUGCGGUCGAACAUAAGCCUCGCCCGCUACGACAAGCCCACGCCGGUGCAGAAGUACGCGAUCCCGAUCGUGCUCGGGCACCGGGACGUGAUGGCCUGCGCGCAGACCGGCUCCGGCAAGACGGCCGCCUUCCUCGUGCCCAUACUCAACCAGAUGUACGAGGCGGGACCGGUCAAGCAUAUGGGACCUUACAAUCGACGCAAGCAGUACCCGCUGGGGCUGGUGCUGGCGCCCACUCGAGAGCUCGCUACCCAGAUUUUCGAUGAAGCACGGAAGUUCGCAUACCGCUCCCGUGUGCGCCCUUGUGUGGUGUAUGGUGGGUCACCGAUCCACGAACAGUUCCGCGAGCUGGAGCGCGGUUGCCACUUGCUGGUAGCGACGCCCGGGCGCCUGGUGGACAUGUUGGCGCGCGGCCGCGUCGCGCUCGACCACUGCCGCCAUCUUGUACUCGACGAGGCCGAUCGCAUGCUGGACAUGGGCUUCGAGCCCCAGAUCCGCAAGAUCGUCGAGUGCCACACCAUGCCGAAGACCGGCGAGCGCCAGACUCUCAUGUUCUCAGCCACCUUCCCCAAGCAGAUACAAGUGCUGGCGCAGGACUUCUUGAGCAACUACGUCUUCUUAGCGGUCGGACGAGUCGGUUCCACUUCUGAGAACAUUACCCAGAAGGUGGUCUGGGUGGAAGAGUCACAAAAGCGCUCGUUCUUACUGGACUUGCUGAACGCUUCUAACUUGCUGAAACGUUCCCGCCCCGAGGAGGAUCAACUCACGCUGGUGUUUGUUGAAACUAAGAAAGGAGCGGAUCAACUGGAGGAAUACUUGGACAGCGACGGGUACCCGGUGACGUCGAUCCACGGCGACCGCACGCAGCGCGAGCGCGAGGAGGCGCUGCGCCGCUUCCGCACCGGCCAGACGCCCAUCCUCGUCGCCACCGCCGUGGCCGCUAGAGGUCUGGACAUACCUCACGUGCGUCACGUGAUCAACUUCGACUUGCCGUCCGACGUGGAAGAGUACGUGCACCGCAUCGGGCGUACCGGCCGCAUGGGAAACCUGGGCGUGGCGACUUCCUUCUUCAACGACUCCAACCGCGGCCUGGCGCGCGACCUCGUCGAACUGUUGGUGGAGGCCAAGCAGGAUGUACCCAAUUGGCUAACGAGCACCGCAGCCGACGGGCGCCUGGGCAGCAGCGGGCGGCGCGCCGGCAGCCGCUCGGGCGGCGGCGGCGGCGGCGGCGGCCGCUUCAGCAGCGCCGGCGGCAGCGGCUUCGGAGCCCGGGACUUCCGUACACAGUCGCGCCAGCCGCCGAGGAGUGCUGGAGCAUCAUCUAUCGGCUCUGGUUUUGGAUAUGGAGGCGGCGGCGGUUCGUACGGCGGCAACUACGGCGGGUCAUACGGCGGCGGCGGCGCCGGCGCCGGCAGCGGCGGCCCCGACUGGUGGGACUCGUAAGCGCGCCCGUCGCCUCGCACCCACCCUGGACGCGUCCGCCAUCGCUCAUCACUAACCUUAAGGGUCACCACCAUCUUACCUAACAUUCGCGAACAUUCAGAUUCAUGCGGAUUUUGGAUCUAGAACAGCGGAUAAUAACAACGCAAUAAUGAGAUAUAUUAUUUCCAACACCUUUUAUUUAGUAAAGGUACUUGAUUUCCCUAAUAUCAAUCAUGCCUGUCUCUUUCAAGUGCUCUGGCAGCACACAUAAAAGAUGUGCAAAACAUAUUGUAACAUAAUUAUUUAUUGUGUGUGUGACAGGGCAAUGCAAGAAACUUAUUCUGCCUUAUGAAAUAAUAUAGAAUUAUUUUACAUGGGAAACAAUCUACAACACACCCUAUUAGUGGAAAUCAAAUAUUUAAUAAUAUAGCUGCAAUAAAAUUUACAAAUAAAUACAUAUUUAUGUCAUCAUGUUUAUUACUUAAGUAGUUAUCAAGCGAUAAAACGUUUGCCGUUAGAAAAA